GUGGGAGGAGUCGACCUGGGUAGCUAUAAAUUCAGGAAGCCCGAACACACCAACGAUAUCAUCCACCUGUUGCACGAGAGGACCAGAGACGUCACCGUCUUGCGUCCUCAACAGAGAGCAGUCCAAGUGAUAUUUAACAGGCUGGUUAAACAACUUUGCUAACUUUAAACAUCUAUAACAGACAGAGCCGUUUUAUUUUCUUCAGUAUUUUCUUCACGUCACGGUGAUGUCUCUGGCGGUGUGCGGGAGCAGCACUGUCCGGUUGGUGUUCCUCGGGGCGGCAGGGGUCGGAAAGACCUCGCUCAUCCUUCGGUUCCUGCAUGACCGCUUCGAGCACAAAUACACCCGCACGGUAGAGGAACUGCACGCGCUGGAGUACGACACCGGGGCUGGGAAAGUGCGCCUCGAGAUUCUGGACACUAGCGGCAGCUACUCCUUCCCUGCUAUGCGCGAGCUUUGUAUCCGCCACAGUGACGCUUUUGUGUUAGUUUACGCAGUGGACGAUCCCGGGUCGCUUGAGGAGGUGCGGAGGCUCCGCGAGGAGAUCUUGGAACUGAAAGGCGGCAAGUGCAGCACGCCCAUCACCGUGGUUGGCAACAAGGCGGAUCUGAUGGAGUGCGAGGGGCGCGCGCUACCAACAGCGGAAAUCAUGGCUAUGGUUGAGCUGGAGUGGAACGCGAGCUUCGUAGAGGCUUCCGCGCGCACCGGGGAGAAUGCGGUCGGGGUGUUCCGUGCUCUGUUGCAGCAGGUGAACCUACCGUCACAACUGAGCCCCGCGUUGCGCAGGCGACGAGAGACUGUACCCCGCGAGAGCCCUAAAAAGAGACCUCCUCUGAAAAAGAACAACAGCUGUAUCCUCUCCUAAUGUCUCUCUGUCUCUCCCUCUGUCUCUCUCUCCCUCUCCCUCUCUCAGAGCAGCUGGUUUGCUCAUGUACAGGUUCUUCCUCCCUCUAUUCAAACCCUGUGUCAGAAUUCAUUUUUUAUUUAAUUUUUAUGUAUGUAAAGAGAGGAGCAGCCAAACUGAGGUGUCCGCUUGACACGCAGGGAAUUCUGGGUAGUGUAGUAAAAUAAAAUGGGGGGGGGGAUUUGAACUAUUCCUCUGGUUCUCUCUCAUGGUAUUAGUCGAACAGUG